UACCUUCUUGCAACAACUUUUCUUUAUUUUAAACGGUGCAGCACUUUAAAGACAAUGGUCUUCAAUCAACAAAACUUCUUUGUAGCAUUAUACAUAGCUAAUGAAAUGGAGGAAGAUGAGGAUGAUUACAAGUAUGAAAUCUUUCCAUGGGCACUAGGAGAAAAUUGGAGUGAAGAGUUUGCAGUAUUUUUUCAGUGGAGAGAUUCCAUGUUAAUAGAUUUGGAUUUUAAUGUUAUUGCUGAAAAAUCAAAAUGUGAUGAGGUAUUCUAUAUGUACUUCAUGUAA